CUUCAGUUCUUGACACGCCUGGGCUAGCUUAGCUUUCUCUUUCUUCUACUUAUUCGUAAGCUCUAGAUGUUGCCUGUAUCUGUGGAGGAGAGCAAGGCUCAGCGUAUUCAGAGACAGCAGGCACGAUUUAGGGAUCGUGGAGGUGCAUUUGUUCCUUCGGAAAAGAAUGUCCUUAAAGAUAUUCUGUUGGCUCGUACUGUUUCUGGAGAGUCCCCUUCAAAAGUGGCCACAAAGUCACCCUAUCGCCACCAAAGCCGUAGCACAUCAAAGGCUAAACGCAACAAGACGACCAGUAAAGCCCAAGGGAGUCCUACCAAUGACAAGGUUUCACGCUCAAAAGCCAACACAAAGGCGCCAGCGGGCUUCAUCAGUGAAAACGCAGCAGCAGGUCCCUCUACUGAGUCCGGAGGCAAAAUCUCGAAGGCGAAGACAAAGAAAGCAGGUCCUACUACUCGCAAGGGUAAAGGCAAGGUCAAAGCUACUGACGGUAACGAUGUCUCAGAAGCAGAAACAACCAAAGUCAAACCUGCUCCAAACCGCCGAGGACGGCCGCCGACAACCAAACCUCAAGCUAAUGAUCAUGAUAUCGAUGCUGAUGCUGAGCUAUCAAACUGCAAGACGCGGGUAGCAAAGCCAGAGCCACCCGAUAUAUCUAAAGUCAAAACCAAAUUAGCGCAGGUACCUCGAUCAGACGACGAAGGCACCCUGGUAGAAGCUCCCCGACUCAAGACACACUCUAAACGCAAGCCUAUCAUUGUCACAAUCGAUCCCGAUGACGAGGAUGCGCCCAUGCCUGACAAUAAACCUGCAGCCUCUGAGCCUCGCGCGAUUCCGAAGUCUGCUCACAAACGGCCUUCCGCCAAAGAUGCUCCACUUAAUCGGGCACAAGCCAAACGACGCACAGACAUUCGCAAGGAGCACUCAGAUGAAGCAGAGCCGACAAAUCCUUCUCUGGUGCCGAAACGUUCAAAGUGGACAGAAGUCGAUGAGUCUCCAAAAUUGAUGAAAACCAAAAAUUAUGGAUCUCUGACCGUUGAUGUCCCCGUGAAGAAGUCGUCCACUAACCCCAAGCGCAGCGCGCCUGAUGACGAUGUUGGCGGAGAUACGAAACAGCCUCUCAAGAAGCCUAAAGUGUCCAAAUCUCACAGCGCUAAAUCUCUAUCUUUAUCUGUUGCGAUAUCGAAACUUGAUCUCGAAGACGCUGCUGUCAAAAAACCUACAAAACAAGACACAAAGAGGAAAAAGGCGUGCCCACAGGAAUCGGAUGACGAAGAUCGCAUGCCUGUGAAAUCUGUCUCAAAGAAAGCAAGGUUUGAUGACGAACCGAAGGCAGUCGUGUACAUUUCCUCCGAGAGACACAAAGAGAACGCCCUUCCUUCGCGAAAGUCAAGAACGGGGAAGCCCAACUCCAAGUCAAAGUCCAGAGGUCCGCCGAAGGAUGUCCUAGACCGCAUCAAGGCAAGCGCAACGUUGCAUCGGAUUGACGAUAGCGAGCCGGACCCGCUUGACUGCCUGUCAUGACCAUGUUCGCUCGCGAAGAAAUCUACAUCAUGUAUCAAUCAUAUACGUACAUUUACUAACACGCUAGCCAAUCGAUAGUAUCUUCAGAAAUGUUGUCAAUAAUAUUUGCUUUGUCACAUCUGUCACUGCUGAUACACCUUGUAGAAUGUGUAGGCGCCUGCAGGUCACUUUAAAUCCAAGAGGUGGGCU